CACUCCUCUCUCUCUCUCUCUCCCUCUCCUUCUCUGGCGACGGUUCGUUCGUUCUUCUUCUUCUUCUUCUUCUUCGUCUUCUCAUCACUCGGAGGAACUUCUCUUUAGUUUUUGGAUCACUUUCUCGUUACACGAAAUCUGAUAUAAGCGUCGUCUCUGAACUUCAAAACUCAAUCGAAGGUAGUAGCGUUAAGGGGAACAAAAAUGUCAGGAGCAACCUUGGGUGUGGCUCCCGGUGCGGAACUUGACCAAACCAUCCUCUCCGCAGCCACGAAACCAACUCGGAAGGCCGCGAACCAGCAAUCCCUUGUUGGCGGAGUGAUGGGCUCGUUGCGUGUGAUCGAGCUCCAGCUCGUGGCAUUUAUAAUGGUGUUCUCCGCUAGCGGCCUCGUCCCCCUUCUCGACCUCAUUUUCCCCGCCUUUGCGUCUGUGUAUCUCAUUGCCCUCUCGAAGCUGGCCUUCCCGUCUCAUGGCAAUGCCGCCACAGCUUCAGCGGAGAUCUUCCAGGGUGGCAGGCUGUUCAGGCUCUAUGUUGUGGUGGGGACUACCAUUGGAUUGUUUCUGCCGUUGGCUUACGUGCUAGGCGGUUUCGCAAGGGGCGAUGACCACGCAGUGCGGUCCGCGACCCCGCACCUGUUCUUGCUUUCGUUUCAGAUAUUGACUGAGAACUUGAUAAGCGGGCUGUCACUUUUUUCGCCACCUGUGAGGGCAUUGGUGCCGUUGUUGUAUACUGUGAGGCGGAUAUUCGUGAUCAUCGAUUGGAUGACUGAUGUGUGGUUCAAUAAGACCCUGCAGGCAAAUGCACAGAUUAAGGAUGUGGUGUGGUUCUGGUUUGGGAGGAGCUUGGCUGCGGGCAAUCUGUUAUACUUCUCGAUCAACUUGUUUGGGUUCUUGAUUCCCCGGUUCCUUCCACGGGCGUUCGAGAGAUAUUUCAGGGAAAGAGACGAGACUCACGGAAAGAUGGCAGAGGAUAAGCCUCGCGUAACCGCGGCCACAAACAAAUCCCAGCGAUCAGAUAAGAAAUCGGAUUGACGCCCUUUUUCUCCAUGCUGGCCUAUGUUUGUCACAGUUUUUUUCUCUUCAUGGACUUGGGGAAAUCGACUUCUUUUCUCGUUCUAACUGCAAUAUGUUUCUGCUCUUUUACUUCACGAUCAUGUGUCUUUAGGCUUCUCUUUUAAUCGACACAGCAUCUGUAUUGCCGAAAUCGGUGAGAAUGGUUUUCGUUGUAU